GCCCUUGCUGCAGGGCUGGCUGACCGUGCAUGCUUGCCUUUUAUGAGAUGUCCUAGCUUACAUAUAAAACGCUCUCUUCCCCCCACUACUCCACCUCGUCUAUCGUCACUAGGUACUGGAACACAAGCACAUUACAAACCAUGGGACAUCUUGUUACUGUCGCCACAUGUUCGUUGAACCAAUGGGCCCUCGACUUCGAAGGAAAUGCAGACCGUAUCAUCGAGAGCAUUCGUAUCGCGAAGCAGCGGGGCGCGAAACUGAGAGUGGGGCCUGAGCUGGAGAUCACAGGUUAUGGAUGCCUUGACCACUUUCUUGAGGGUGAUACUUACCUCCACUCGUGGGAGAUGCUCGGGCGUAUCCUGACGCAUGAGGACUGUCAGGACAUUCUGCUGGACAUCGGGAUGCCAGUCCGCCACAAAGGCGUCCGCUACAAUAGCCGUAUAAUCGCUCUGAACAAGCGGAUCCUCUUGAUCCGGCCCAAACUCUUCCUCGCCAACGACGGCAACUACCGGGAGAUGCGCUACUUCACACCGUGGAACCGUCCGCGCUACGUCGAGCAGUUUCAAGAGUUCAACCUCCCGCCCGUGAUGGCCGAGAUCAUUGGCGACUCUCUGCCGCCGAUUGGAGACGCGGCGAUUAGCGCGCUUGAUACAUGUAUCGCGGCCGAAACCUGCGAAGAGCUGUUCACACCUCGUGCUCCGCAUGUGGAGAUGGCGCUGGACGGGAUUGAGAUCCUGACGAAUUCCUCGGGCAGUCAUCAUGAGCUCAGGAAGCUUAACAAGCGGAUCCAGCUGAUGACCAAUGCUACCGGCAUUUGUGGCGGUGUCUACCUGUAUGCCAACCAGCAGGGCUGCGAUGGCGAUAGGUUGUACUAUGACGGCUGUGCGAUGAUCGGCGUGAACGGGAAGAUCGUGGCCCAGGGAUCGCAGUUUUCGCUGCAGGAUGUGGAGGUUGUCACUGCGACUGUGGAUCUAGAGGAGGUGAGGAGUUAUCGCUACCAGCCUUCUAGGGGAAUGCAAGCGAUAGACACGAAGCCGUAUCCCCGUGUCAAGGCGGAGAUAAAGCUGGGUAAGGAUGGGGAGAAUGAGGAUCUUGCUAUCGGUCCCACGCCGGAGAUCGAGGUGAGGUACCACAAGCCCGAGGAGGAGAUAGCACUCGGCCCUGCGUGCUGGCUGUGGGACUACCUGCGGCGCUGCGGGGGUGUAUCUGGGUACUUCCUUCCUCUCAGCGGCGGAAUCGACAGCUGCGCUACAGCGACAAUAGUCUAUUCUAUGUGCCGUCUUGUCGUAGCGGACUGCGCAGCCGGCGACGAAACUGUUCUCAGCGAUGUCCGCCGGAUCUGUGGUGAAGCACCAGACUCCACUUGGGUCCCCGCCACGCCGCAAGAGCUCGCCGGGCGGAUCUUCCACACCUCCUUCAUGGGCACCGAAAACAGCAGCGCCGAGACACGGGCCCGCGCAAAGGACCUUGCGGAAGUAAUCGGCGCCUACCAUGUAGACCUGAACAUGGACUCGGUGGUCAGUGCGGUCCGCAGCCUGUUCAGCUUCGUCACCGGCAAGACCCCAGUGUUCCGGGUUCACGGCGGCUCAAAAACCGAGAACCUCGCGCUCCAGAAUAUCCAAGCACGCCUGCGAAUGGUCCUUGCAUACAUGUUUGCGCAGCUGCUCCCCUGGGUCCGCGGGAACGCCGGCGGCCUGCUGGUCCUGGGUUCCGCAAACGUCGACGAGUCACUGCGCGGGUACCUGACCAAAUACGACUGCUCCUCGGCGGACAUCAACCCAAUCGGCGGCAUCUCCAAGACGGACCUAAAAUCGUUCAUCGCGUACGCGCGCGACGAGUUCCAGCUGCCGAUCCUGCACGACUUCAUCACCGCGGUGCCGACGGCCGAGCUCGAGCCCAUCACGCAGAACUACGUGCAGAGCGACGAGGCCGAUAUGGGCUUCACGUACGACGAGCUCUCGAUCUUCGGCAAGCUCCGGAAGAACCACAAACUGGGACCGUGGGGCGCGUUCGAAAAGUUGCUGCACGAGUGGAGCGGGAAAAUGAGCCCCCGACAGAUCGCGGAUAAGACGAGGAACUUCUUUUGGUUCUAUGCUAUCAAUAGACACAAGAUGACGACUAUCACCCCCGCGUACCAUGCUGAGGCGUACUCGCCGGACGAUAAUAGGUUCGAUCUGCGACCGUUCUUGUACCCCGCGUUCAGCUGGCCGUACAAGAAGAUCGAGGCAGCUGUGGCGCGGAUGGCGGCGGCGGCGGAGAUUGCAGAGAGUGCGGAGGGCAAAGGGAAGACGGACGACGGUAAAAAGGAUGUAUAGCAUUUGGGUCAUGAGAUGUCAUUCAUAGAAGCGAGUGAUAGUUAAGUACUAAGUCAUCGUACAUACCACACG